ACACCAUCACUCAACUCUACACGAAACCUUUUACCACCAUAAACAUGUCUAAAACCACCCCAUCACCACCACCUUACGCCGCCGCGGAUAUUUCUUCGUUGCCCGCGGAUAUACUCGAGUACCAUGUCCUUACUCGACUAGACGGUCAAACGUUAGCGUCCGCCAGCUGUGCCAACGCGGUCCUACGCUCCAUUUUGGACACAAACCAUGGUCUGUGGUAUGAUGUUUGCCACUCCACUUGGCCGUCGACCUCCGGCGAGGUCGUAAACCGGAUCAUUUCAAGUUUCUCCGGCAAUGGACCCCGGGAGUUUUUCUCUCAAGCGUUCCCUAUGCCUUCACCUGACCCCACUAAAGUGUUUUCACCAUCGUCACCACCGCAAUGCAAUAAAUUGAUCAAUUCGUCGUCGAGUGUAUUAAUCUCCGCAGUAGACGUUUACCACCGAAACAAACUGAUUUUCACAAAAACGGAAGAAACCGAAACCGUCUCCGGUUGGUUCCAAUGCUCGCCGUUCAGAAUCGACUUGCUAGACCCAAAAGACGUGGUUCCGACGGAUAUACCCCACCCGGACGGAGACGCCACGUGUACGUCUUUGAUCAACGACAUGACACUAAGUUGGAUCCUCAUCGACCCACUUUCUAAACGCGUUGUCAACCUCUCCUCCCACCGACCUGUCUCCGUUCAACGCCAUUGGUUAACUGGCGAUGUACAAGUUCGCUUCGGGUCCGUACUCGCUGGCGGCAACCACAAACACUUGUCGGAGGCAAACGCAUUGGUGCAAUGUGCGAUAGUGGUGAACUGCGGCCGAUCGGAUGGAGGGGAAAUGCAGGUGCGAGAGUUGAGUAUGAAGGUGGAAGAUAUGGAUGGAAAACAUUUAAAUGGGAGGGAUAGUUUGGUAAUUUUACAAAGGACAUUGGAGGGUAAAAGAGGAAAUGGGUUGAAAAGAGAAAAAGAAGCGAGAAAUAGAUACAUCAAGUUUGAAGAAAUGAAGAGAGAAAGAAGAGAAAGAAAGUUGAGGGUAGAGGAGACAUUAGACACUUUGUCUGUGGCUUUUGGGUUAUCAGUUUUUGCUGGCUUAAUUUUUAUUUUUUGUUAAUUUUUUUUAUUUUUUUUAUGUGAAGUGAAUAUUAGAAGUAAUUAGUGAUGAAUAUUAUUAUAACUAAUACAAUUUUUUUUUGAUAUU